CAAACGUGUCCAUAGAUAUAAAAACCCUAACAAGGUUCAGCGGUUUCAUUUCUCCGUCUCUUCGAAUCCUGACAGAGGGAGAGGGAGAAAGAGAAGACGCUGCAGUUGCUGAAUCUGCUUCGAUUUAAAGCUGCGUCGUUUCAAUCUUUUAUUAUCCUUGCAAACAUGUCAGUCCAACUUACACCUUCCAAGCGUCCCCAAGAUUGCGACGAAACGGAAUCCAAUGGUAAAGAAAAGGUGCAAAAGAUAGCUGCUUCCGAUUCGCAGAGUUUACCAGCAAAAACCACUCAUGGCUCUAUGGUCUACCGCCUAUUAUGUCCUGCUUCUAAAAUAGAUAGUGUUAUUGGAGAUGGAAGCUUAAUUUCUCAAAUACGACAAGAAACUGGUACAAAGGUAGAAGUGGAAGAAGCUGUUUCUGGAUGUGAUGAACGCGUAAUUUCUAUUAUAGCUGCCGAUAAGGAUAGUGAUACUAGUAUUGAGUGUAUCAAAGAAGGAGGUGAUGCUGCAAAUGCUGAAGGUAGUGGUGACAAAAAUGAAGACAAUAAGGAGGACAUUGAAGAGAUACAGUCCUCACAUGGAGAUAAUAAAAAAUUUGGAAAUGGAAAAGCGCCGACACAAAUAGCACUCAUUCGCAUCUUUGAAAGAAUUGCUGAAGGAAACACGGAGACAAAAGGUAAAAAUGAAGAGAAUAAUAGAGCUUCUUCAAUAGCCUUGAGGAUACUUGUGCUCUCCACUCAAGUGGGUUGCCUUUUGGGAAAAGGUGGCAGUGUGAUUAAAAAAAUGGCUUCCGCAAGUGGGGCACAGAUCCGUAUAGUUCCUAGGGACAAAGUACCUCUCUGUGUGACCUCUUCUGAUGAACUUGUUCAGGUUACUGGGGAUUUUGAAGCAGUGAAGAAAGCUCUUCAAUCUAUAUCCCAGCAGCUUCUCAACAAUCCACCUCGAGAUCAGGAUUCUUUUCCUGCCAAUCAUAGUGGACCAUCAUCUCAUUCUCUUGGAAGUCAUAUUGCUAGGACAGAAUCAUUCCCGUUGCAAAAUCACCCUUUCCAUCUUCAAGGUGCUCUACAACACCCAGUGAGGCCUCAUGAUGGUGCAGAUUAUCGUUCCGGAAUCCCUGCUCAUGCAAACCUUCCUCGAGAGAUGGUCAUAACUUUUAAGGUGUUGGGUCUUGCUGACAAUGUAGGGAGUAUAAUUGGAAAAGGUGGAAGUAUAGUUAAGAUGCUUCAACAUGAAACUGGCUGUGAGAUCUCUAUACAGGACACCUUAAUUGAUUCAGAAGAUCGCAUAGUUGUCAUAUCUGGCCCAGCACAUCCAGAAGACAUGGUAUCCCCGGUCCAAGACGCCGUGCUUCGUGUUUUAUUGAGGAUGUUUAGGAUUACACCUGAGACAAAGGACACAAAAAUGACAGCAAGACUAUUGGUUCACUCUAAUCAGAUAGGAUGUCUUCUAGGCAAGGGUGGAUGUAUUAUUGCAGAAAUGAGGAAGUCAUCUGGUGCUUAUAUUCGUAUAUUGGGGAAGGAUCAACUCCCAAAAUUUGCUCAAGAGAAUGAUGAAGUAGUUCAGAUACAAGGAGGAAUUGAAGUGGUUGAAGAUGCUGUUUUGCGAAUAACAACUAGGUUGCGGAAUAAUUUCUUCCGUGAAGGAUUUUCUUCAAACAAUCAUGCUGGUUUUCACGAUCAAGCUCCUCCAUUUCCAUCAUAUCUCGGAAGGCGAGAGGUGUCACCACCACCUGGAAUAUAUUCUAAUAUGGGACCACAUUCUAAAAUUUUUGAUUCGGCUGGAGCCCUAUCUCAUCACGGGAAUUAUCUGUCUCAUGAUGAUAGGCCAUUCUUACACAAUGUUCCCAGACCGAGAGUUCCUUUUUCGGUAUCAGUUGAUAAUGGUGGUCCUCUAGGAUUUCCAAACCAUCCAGGAGCUUUCCAGAGAAGAGUUGGUGGAUUUGGGGGAGGAAAUCAUCCGGCUAUUAUCACUAACACAACAAUGGAAGUAAUGGUUCCUAGUUCAGUUGUUCCUGCAAUAUAUGGAGAGGAUGGUGAAUGUCUCAAACAAAUUCGUGAGAUUUCCGAUGCUAAAAUUACCAUCAGUGACAUGAAACCUGGAUCAAAUGAAACAGUUAUAAUCAUAUCAGGGAUCCCAGAGGAGACCCAUGCUGCACAAAGCCUGAUUCAAGCAUUCGUUGUUAGUGAGACAACAGCGGUUGGAUCCAUGUAAUAAAAACAAAAAGGUAAGAAGUUUAAUUUUUAUCUCUUAUCUUCUCUAUUUCGUUGGUAAAGCAAUUUGCUUGAACUUAAAUUGUGGGAUAGAAUUUGCAUCAUUUUGCCACUAUAGAGAAGGAAACUUGAGAUUAGUAACAAACCAAUUAUUCCCCUAUUAUUAUUACUGAUCAAACGCAGUGGAUUAUUUUACAGGAUUGCUUUA